UUCGUUUCCCGUCGCAGUUUGUUUUGGUUAUCCGAACAAGAUCGCCUUUAACUGCCUUUACAGGUUCUCAAAUUCUUCCGUAAAAGAUAUUCCUAGUUAUUUUUGUAUAUAGGUAGCGGAUUAUCUCAAUGAGUUGUUAAUCGCGUGAAGAAUUUGUCUGAAAAUAGAACAUGGAAGCCGAUCAGAGAUUCGCACGUGUGACUCAAGACCCGCGAUUCAAAAAAAUAUCACGGAAGGAGAAGAAGCUUAAGAUCGAUGGAAGAUUUCAAGGAAUGUUCACGGAUACGAGCUUCACAACAAAAUAUUUUGUUGACAAACGUGGCUCAAAAGUCAAGAAAACAUCAAAAGAAGAUCUUCACAAAUUUUAUGAAAUCUCAGAUGAAUCAGACAAAGAAGACAAUGAAAAAGACCUGGACGAAGAAAUUGAAAAGAAAGGUGUCAAGAUGCCAAAGGAUAAAAAUAAAAUGAAGAGGAGAGAAAAGGAAGAAAUAAAACCUAAACAGAAGAGAAAAAAGAUUAAAGAGAAGCUUCAGAAAUUCCACAGUAGUAACGAGGAAAAUGUUGAAAAAAGCAUAUUAAAUGUAAAAAAAAUUAAAAGCAAAGAAAAAUGCAAAGAUGACAAGAAUGAUGAUGAUGAUGAUGAUAAUGAUGAUGAAGGUGUGAGCUCCAAUAAUGAAGAAGUCAACAUUAGCAGGGGAGAAGGAGACAUAGAAUCAUCAUCAGAUGAAGAGGAUGAAGACAUUCCUGAAAUUGAAGCAAUACAGGAUGAUGUUGAGCAUCCUUGGGGAGAAAUGGGUGUUUCCACCAAAACUACAGAAGAUGCAACAAGACGCCUUGCAGUGUGCAACCUUGACUGGGACAGAGUGACAGCAACUGACCUGUUUGUCCUGUUUAACUCCUUCAAACCCAGAGAAGGUAUUAUUCAGUCUAUCAAGAUUUAUCCCUCAGAAUAUGGACUUGAACAAAUGGCAAAAGAGGAAUGCGAAGGGCCAGUGGAGCUUAAAGAUGAUAUCAGUGACAAUGAGGAAGCAGAAGACAGUAAAAACAGAGAGGGGUCUGCAUUUUCAACAGAGAAACUGCGACAAUACCAAUUAAACAGACUUCGGUAUUUCUAUGCAGUUGUGGAAUGCAAUUCAAAAGAGACGGCAGAAGUCCUGUAUGAUGAAUGCGAUGGAACAGAAUUUGAACUGAGUGGAAAUUUACUUGACUUGAGAUACAUCCCUGAUGAUAUGGAGUUUGAUCAGGAACCCCACUCUGUAGCCACAGAACUACCACCUGUGGGCAUGUAUACUGCACCAGAGUUUUGCACAACAGCUCUUCAUCAAACAAAUGUUAAAUUAACAUGGGAUGAAACUGAUCUUGGACGACAAAGAGCAACCAUGAGGAAAUUCACAAAAGAAGAUAUACUUGAAAUGGAUUUUAAUGCCUAUCUGGCAUCUUCCUCAGAUGAGGAUGAACCAGAAAAAAAUGAGAAUGGUAACCAUGACUUGUCAGAUGACGAGGACAAGAAAAUUGAAAAGUACAAGGAACUUUUAAAGGAGAUUGAAGACAGAGAGCACAAGUCAGACAGAGAUCAGGAGUUAGAGAUCACUUGGGAACCAGGCCUUCAAGAAACUACAGAAGACCUGGUGACCAGUAAGCUAAAAGAAAAAGAGAGAAGACAGAUGACGCCAUGGGAGACAUAUCUACAGAAUAAGAAGGAAAAGAGGAAAGAGAAACGAAAAGAAAAGGAAGCUGCCAACAACAAUUCAACAGUCAGAGAUUCCGACGAAAGUGACGACAUUCCUUCAGAUGUUGAUCUAUCAGAUCCUUUCUUCAGCCAAGAACUUGGCACUGAUAUAAAAAGUAAAAAGACACCUGACAAAGUGUUCAAUGAGAAAGGGAAGAAAAAAAGGAAGCGGAAAGCCGAGGAAACUGAAGAGGAAAAGAAGGCAAAGGCGGAGCUUGAAUUGCUUUUAAUGGACGAGAAAGACGACCGACAACAUUUUAGCCUGAAAGGAAUUAUGGAAAAAGAAAAGAAAAGCAAAAAGAAGAGGAAAAGGAAAGCGAAAGACGAGGAAAUUGUGGAGGAUAGUUUCAACGUGGAUCUGAAAGAUUCUCGGUUUGAUGCGCUGUUUACUUCACAUCACUUUGCUGUGGAUCCUUCAGACCCGCAAUACAGGAAAACUAAAGCCAUGGAAACAAUUUUAGUGGAACGACAGAAAAGAAGAGAAAAUUCAGAGGUUGAAAAUGCUCAUCCGAGGCAGGAAAAAGGAGAUCAAAGGCUCAGAAAAGAUCCGAGCUUAUCAUUGCUGGUUAAAUCUGUGAAGUCGAAAACAGGACAAUUCUACGAGCAGAAGAGGAAAAAGAAAUUAAAACAUAAGUAGCUAGCAUCACUCAGAGCGAUGCUCCAACUCUCUCCCAGCUUCUUCUUCCUCAAAUAACUGAAGGGAAUAUUGCAAACAAAAUGACCUAGAACACGUUUGAAUCACAUGGGCAUCCCAUGUAAAUCUUCGGGUUACCCCCGGUCGACGACGCACACGAAUACUCAUCGGAAAUACUUCGGGACCUCAACGAGGAUUAGUGAGUUGCACACCGUUGUUUAAACAAGGAUUGUGGGAACAGUUUACAACAUGCGACAAAAAAUUUUAACUAUGGACCACGGACACUCGACUGGAAUGACAUAAACAUCAAUAAAAAUCAUGAAACAUUUAA